AUGCCACUUUUCCGGAAGGUGUUGCGGGUUUCCAAUCGCUCCAUGCUCGCCUUCAUCUUUUUCUUCUCCUUUUCCUCUUCCUGCCUCUACUUCAUCUAUGUGGCCCCCGGGAUCGCAAACACGUAUCUCUUUAUGGUGCAAGCUCGUGGUAUAAUGUUAAGAGAAAAUGUAAAAACAAUAGGACACAUGAUCAGAUUGUACACUAACAAAAAUACUACACUGAAUGGCACAGAUUAUCCUGAAGGAAACAAUUCUAGUGACUGUGUUGCUCAAACAACAAUGUAUCUUCCAGAAAACUUCACUUACUCUCCUUACCAGGCUUGUCCAGAGAAGCUGCCUUACAUGAGAGGCCUUAUAGAUGUCAAUAUGAGUGAAAUUAGUUUUGAUGAAAUUCAGCAACUGUUUUCAAAAGAUUUAGACAUUAAACCAGGAGGACACUGGAAACCAAAAGACUGUAAGCCAAGAUGGAAGGUGGCAAUCCUUAUUCCUUUUCGGAAUCGCCAUGAGCAUCUUCCAAUUUUUUUCCGUCAUCUGAUACCUAUGUUGCAGAAGCAGCGGCUGGAAUUUGCCUUCUAUGUUGUUGAACAGACAGGUACACAACCUUUUAAUCGUGCAAUGCUGUUUAAUGUUGGCUUCAAAGAGGCUAUGAAGGAUGCUGUCUGGGACUGCAUAAUAUUUCACGAUGUGGAUCACUUACCUGAAAAUGACCGAAAUUAUUAUGGAUGUGGAGAAAUGCCACGCCAUUUUGCAGCAAAGCUGGACAAAUACAUGUACAUUCUUCCAUACAAUGAGUUCUUUGGUGGUGUAAGUGGCCUGACAGUAGAACAAUUCAGGAAGAUCAAUGGGUUUCCAAAUGCCUUUUGGGGAUGGGGUGGAGAAGAUGAUGAUCUUUGGAACAGGGUUCACUAUGCUGGAUACAAUGUAACAAGACCAGAAGGAGAUUUAGGGAAAUACAAAUCCAUUCCUCAUCAUCACAGAGGUGAAGUCCAGUUUUUAGGACGAUAUAAACUUCUGAGGUAUUCCAGAGAACGUCAGUAUAUUGAUGGGUUGAACAAUUUAAUAUAUACUCCUAAAAUACUUGUCAGUAGACUGUAUAAAAAUAUAACUGUUAAUCUCAUACCAGAACUUGCUCCUGUUAGAGACUAUUGAUGAAAGUGGAAUGACAAGCUACCCUACCAGAAUAAACUUUUAACACUGGAAGCUACUAACAGACACUGUAAAACAAAACAAAACCAACAAGCAGCAUCUUAGAAUUAGAGAUUUUUGACCAUUUGAUAAUGCAUAUUAGCAAUGAGAAGUAAAGUGAUUGUAUGUACCAUGCAUUUUGUUCAAAAAGGAAAGGCAGCAGCUACCACUCAGAUGUUUACAGUAUGAGACUACUGUUCAAGCCUUCAUUCUUCAUAUUCUCUAUCUUAACUACUCAACUAAGUAAACUGCAGAAAACAGACUUGUAGCUUCUCUGGAAGUAGGGACAGAAGCCUCUUCCAGGAACUUUUUUUAUACUAAACUGCCU